GGCGGAGUGUCGACCAAUCAGAGCCGUGGAUUUCUUCGCGGAUUUCAGCGCGUCAAGAUGACUGAAUCGGAGUGAAGUUGAGCCGUGUGACAUCUUCCAGUUGAAUGGUUACACCAUAUGAGAAAAGUUGCAUCUCAACCUAACUCUGGAAUGCUCUCAAUCCACAAAAUGGUUCCGGAGCUGAAGAUAGAGCCUGAUACACGGAGUGAAACUUCAUCUCCCAUUAUCCGAGUUUGUGAUUCUCCUGAAUCUAGUUCAGGUUCUCCCACCUCUCCUCUCUCAGCAAGCUUCUAUUCUUCUUCGGGAUCAACUUUAUCAUCUCCUCCUCCUAUUCAUCAUAUUCCAAACCCUUUCCUUUUCCGUCCCUUCUUCAAUAUGCCUCUACCCCUGCUCCCCCUCCCCCAACCCUCACCUCCCUCAUCAAAACCUCUGACAUUUUCAAUCGAUAAUAUUCUUAGAUCAAAUUUUCAAGCUGCAGGUUUGGAGCGAAAACCUACUCUUAGCCCAUCAAUAGCUCCGAAACAAACCCCGCUCCCUAAACCUGUGAAAGCCCCCCCUCCUCCCAAACCCAAGGUUGAUAUUGAAAUUCCAGUUGAUCUCUCCAAAACCUCCAACGAGGCACCUAAAACUGACGCGGAUUGUCCUCCAGGUAUGGUUCGAGGACCCAACGGUCAGCUGUGGCCAGCCUGGGUUUUCUGUACAAGAUAUUCAGACAGACCUUCUAGUGGACCCCGGAUGCGUAAGAUAAAGAAGGUAAAGGGAGAGUCCUCAAACUCUCCUGCUCUUGAUGAUAAACGACCACGAACAGCUUUUACAACUGAACAGCUGAACAAACUCCGAGGAGAGUUCCAGGCGAAUAGGUAUCUCACAGAGGAGAGACGGCGCCUGCUGUCGAGGGAGCUGGGGUUGAACGAGAACCAGAUCAAGAUCUGGUUCCAGAAUAAGCGAGCAAAGCUGAAGAAAGCUACAGGAGACAAGGGUGAUCUGGCCAAGAUGUUAGAGGCCCAGGGGUUGUAUAAUCAUCAAACUGUUCCUUUAGAUGAUGAAGAUCAAUUCGGACAAUAUUAACAAUUCAUUCAUUUUUCUAUUAAUCCGCUUCAAGACUAAAAAGUGUGUCACAAAAAUUAUCAAAAAGACAAAUUUGUGUGAAUCUAAUCGUUCUUAUCUUAAUUCUAGAUGUGCAUGGGUGGCGCAACGCUCACUAAAUUUUUAUUUAUUGUGUACACCCCUUAGUAGAACAUUAUUUUGUGUUAAAUCGGCUGUGAUACUAUUUAAUUAUUUCUGUUCUUUAGUCAAUGUUCAUCUCACAAUAUAUUAUAAUCUACAA